GUCAGGCUGGCGGUGCCUCCAUUCAGCCUCCUUCCUUGCUUCCUUGCAGCAGCUAAUGAGUCUUUGUGCGGAUGGAAAGAGUGACAUUGUGACAAAGAGGGGUGAAAGUGUGAAAGAUGUCAUCUUCUUAAUAAAGUAUCCACACACCCCCCCUUUGGUUUUGGCCAUGAUGAACCUGGGGGGGGUCACUAGCAGUCAGUGGAGUGAGACCAACAUGGGAUGCUCCUCAUCCAUCAUGCUGCUUUUUUAAACGUGCUGUGAGAGGAAGGUGAAAGGAGUCGGGAGUCGGCCACUGGAAGCAGGUGCAGAUGUGUCAAGGCCAUGAGCGGAAUACUGAAAAGGAAAUUCGAGGAGGUGGAAGCCGCCUCCUCCCCGUGCUCCUCCUUAAGGGAGUCUGAUGAUGAAGUAUCCUGCAGCGAGAGCGGGAAUAGCAGCGACAGCAUUAACCCAUCUGCCUCUGGUCCUUUCACCCCCGGCUCCAUCCUGAAGCGGGAGAAGCGUGUGUGCACGCGGCGGGUGCACUUUGAGAAGGUCACGGUGUACUACUUCAGCCGGCGCCAGGGCUUCACCAGCGUGCCCAGCCAGGGGGGCAGCACGCUGGGCAUGUCCAACAGGCACAGCUGGGUCAAGCAGUACUCGCUGGGGGAGUUUGCCAUGGAGCAGGAGAGGCUCCACAGAGACAUGCUGAGAGACCACCUCAAGGAGGAGAAACUCAACUCCAUCAAGCUCAAGUUGACCAAGAACGGCACAGUCGAGUCCGAGGAGGCCAACACGCUGACGGCGGAGGACAUCUCCGACGACGACAUCGACCUGGACAACACGGAAGUGGACGAGUACUUCUUCCUGCAGCCACUCACCACCAAAAAGAGGCGGGCCCUGCUCCGCUCCUCGGGCGUCAAGAAAAUCGACGUAGAGGAGAAGCAUGAACUUCGGGCCAUUCGAAUGUCCCGGGAGGACUGCGGCUGUGAUUGCAGAGUCUUCUGUGAGCCUGAGACCUGCGCCUGCAGCAAUGCAGGAAUCAAGUGCCAGGUGGAUCGCAUGUCCUUCCCGUGCGGCUGCAGCAAGGAAGGCUGCAGCAACUCCAGCGGCAGAGUGGAGUUUAAUCCCAUCCGCGUUCGGACGCACUUCCUGCACACCAUCAUGAAGCUGGAACUGGAGAAGAGUCGCGAGCAGGAGCAAGCGUCCACCCCCAACGGUUACCAUGGCAACGACAGCACCGCCACCAACCCUCUGGUUCUGUCUCAGCACAGGCUGGACUUCACGCUGUCGGACGCCGUUCCCCAAAGCACCGGUGUGCACCUGCAGACGUCGGACGAGAUGGAGGCACCGCUGGAGGAGGACGAGGACGAUGACGAUGACGAUGAUGAGGAGGAGGAAGAGGAGGAGGAGGAUGAGGAGGAAGAGGAGAAUGAGGACGAGGAGGACAGUAGCAGCGUUUUCAGCGGCAUUUCAGACUCCAGCACUCAGAGUUUAGCCAACAGCGACUCAGAGGAGGAUGAAGACGAGGAUGAAGACGAGGAGAGGUCAGACACGUGCCACACGGAGGCGCCGUUGGCGUCCGUCUUGUGUUACGACAACCACAUGAACGGAAGCACUUAUUUAAUCAACUCCUCCCCUGCUGACUACUAUCAGCUGGGCACCUCUAGCUCCGCCCCAAAUGGCCAAAGCAGCCAAUCGGGCGAGGCCUACGGGGACACCUUAGCAUUCCCAGAGCCAAUCGGCAACCCCCAAACCCAGCAGGGCGUCUUCCCCAAUCAGGAACAAUACUCCACGCAUUGUAAUCUGAGUACUAAUGUAUCCCAUUACACCACACCUGAGCAGGACAAGCCGUCCCAAGUGGAUUUUGCGGACCCGUCCCAGAACCAGACGCAGUUUCACAACUACCUGAACAAUAACGUUCCCUUCAGCCCCCGUGGCUCGUGUGCGAGCUCCGAGCCGCCGCCGCAGCCGAACGUCAACAUCAACGCACAUCCCGACCUCAGCUUGCUAGCCAGCAGUACCAAGAACCUGUCCUUACCCGCCCUGUGAAGACACGCCAGGACCCUCGACAACCCCGCCCACUCGGGGGGGGGGGUCAUUCUUGGCCGUUUGCUUCAUCUCACCUUCAAAAAAAAAAAAGCAUCAGCGACGUCACGCCUUUCAUUUUCCAUCGUGGGAUCAAUCAUACGAUUGAUACAUCCUGGAAACCGAUAUUGUACUUUUCUAUGUCUACGUGUCGAAUGUGUUGCUUUAUUAUUGCUUAGGAUUGUGUGUACACGUAAAUAUAUUGUCAGUUUUGAUAAUGCGCAUGCUCUUUUUGGGAAUCGCAGGGGACACAUUGCUAUUGUUUUACAGAAGAGACAAAGGCGCACCCACGGUGUACAUUGUGCUUGUUUUGCUGACUAUUCGAUGCUUUUCUGUCAUUUGGGAAGCUGAGAAAGCCUGAGUUUGGAUGUUUGGAGUCACACAAAAGGUCACAUUGGACCCGAAAGCCGAGGCCCAAAGGCACGCACGUCUUAUCAACACGGGUGGUCCUCCGCUUAGCAUGGACUUCCUUUCCUGAGACUGAUGGGGGUGGAGCUUUAGUCGUUACCAUAACGACAGCGACAUCAACUCUCGCUGCACGUGCAACACAUGAAGGCCGUAUCGUAUUCAUAGAAAGACCAAACACAACAACGACAUCAGUCCCACAUCUCCAAAUCCAUGACCCCUACAGCCUUCAUCAGCAUCAGCCAUCUUUGUUAGGGUGCACCAUCAUAAUCGCCAAUUAACAUUAAAAAUAGCUCCCAUAACGCUCCAAUGAAAACAUCAGCAUCUUUGGCCAAAAACACCAACAAAAAAGGAAAGAUUACCUCUACUGUGCAUGUGAGCAAAUCAAGCGCUCCUUUUUUCUCCUGCCCGUGACGUUAACGGCCUGUCAUGUUUCAUGUUCUAGUGGUACCAAAUGCUCUGCACUGAGGGGAACAAACCCAUGGAGCACACACAAAACCUUAUCAGCCACCUGACACGCCUGCGCCACGGUCUUUGAAAACAGACCUCCGUGGCGUCACUCCAGCCGCUCGGCACAUGUGCCCCAAUACAGUGCACCUUGCUGGGCCACGGCGGGGGCCUCCUCCCCCUCCAUACUCUAAUCGUGGUGAUGUGGUGGUCGUAGUAAAGUCAGGAUAUUUCAAAAGGCACACUUGGUCAAAUCCUAAUUCGUCUCCAGGUGUGCACAAACUAUGUAAAAAGUGGAUGCAAAAAGGUCAUGGCUUCUCAGUAUUGGUUUGAAGAUAAAGAUAAAGAUAAAAAAUAAAGAUAUGGUGCAUCUCUCAUCUUUAUCCGUCAUGAUGGUGGCGGCCAGUACUGGUGGACGUGUCUCUGUUGAUUUUCACUUCCACGGUGAUGACUUUCCUUUCCUUUCCUUUCCUUUCCUUUCCUUUCCUUUCCUUUGGCGCACUGCCACUCGGGAGACGUUGCGAAGUGUAAAAAGUGAACUAAUAAGCGAUGUUAUUCUUCCUCGGUGUGGCAGAGGUGUACGGUAUUCUUCCGUAGUUUUUAAGUACUUUAUGGGAGCGCGUCGGUAGUAGAGGACCACCUGUACUUGAACGGCGUAAACCUGAUAAGUGUUUCCUCAAUACAGGGAUGUAAAAUAUGAACUCGCACUUUGAAACGUCUGCAAAAGCUCUGAUUGAAACGUACGGCGAGCACACAACACGGUUACCUGAAGUCAUGUGAUCAACCACUUGCCGGGUGCACAUGCUUGUGCUUUGAACGGCACAGAAAGGGGAAUCGCCACGCUAAUGUUUAUCUACGUGGCACUGAUAUGUUGCGUGCGACAGCUGGAGGCGUGGCCAAUCGUUCUGCUGAUGUUUGCCUGACAUUAAAAGGAUGACAAUCACAGCUUCGAAUGAAUGAAACGUUAGCCAACGCGAGCCACCGGAAGUCACAUCGGUGCCGUCCUCCUGGACGUGUACUGGUUCUGCGGAGUAGCCUGGACCUUGUGUGUGUGUGUGUGUGUGUGUGUGUGUGUGUGUGUGUUUCAGGCCAAGCCCUUCUCGUGCAGAUUUCUUUUGCCAAAGCUUCCACGUGAGGGCUGACACUCUGCUGAUGUUGCAUCUUUCAUUUUCACAGUAUUUAUUCUGAAUGAUAUAUUGCCACGUGUAUUUAUUGUGCUAAGUCGAUAGUUGAUAUCUUAAACAUUUUUGAAAUGCCGAUUGUGAGUUGUAAAGCUUCAUGUGCCUGGACUUUCAUUUGGGAUCUUUUAGAUUUUGUGAAAUGCAAACGUUUUGCACAACGUGAUGAUACAUUUUACGUGUUUAGACGGAAAGCUGCUUGCUUUAUUUUCUACAUGCUUUUGAAAUAAAUGUCAUUUGGUCUUCA